AUGCGCUCCUUGAACGUUGCAUUGCUCUUCACAGCUGCAGCUGCAGCAGUACCUACUGCUACCUCGUCUUCGGAGUCAGCCACCGUGACUCUUGAUUACUGCACAUUGACACCGGCUGCAGGAAACAGCUCCAUCGGUUACUACAAGUACCAGAACAUUCGUUUUGCAGCUGUGCCCACUGGUGACCUCCGUUUCGCAAAGCCCCAGUGGCCUCCUGUCGAGACUACCAUCAACAAUGGUAGCCUUGCUGAAUCCGAUGUGGACUGCGCUUCCACUGAGGACUGCUUGUACAUGGACGUUUGGGCUCCUGCCAAUGCCAAGGGCCGGAAUCUGCCCGUGAUGCUGUGGACAUAUGGCGGUGUUUUCACCGCCGGCUCCAAGUCUCAGAACACCCCGGAGGGUCUGUUUGACCUAUCCAAGGACUUCGUCUUCGUUGCUCCCAACUACCGUCUCGGUUUCACCGGCCUGACCAACGGUCCUUCCUUCGUCCACCAGGGUGGUACCCCCAACGCUGCCCUCUACGAUGUCGAGCAUGCCUUCAAGUGGGUGCACAAGUAUAUCAGCGAAUUCGGUGGUAACCCCGAUGAGAUCACUGCCGUCGGGUUCUCUGCCGGUGGCUCCAUGCCCCUGUUCCAGAUGACCCGUUACGGAGGUCAUGCCGAGCAGCUCUUCAGUCGCGCCUACAUAAUGUCCCCCGGCUUCGUCCCUGGUGCCGGCCAUGAGCACGGCGAGGCCUUCUACCAGAACGUUUCGGCUGCCGUUGGCUGCUCCGGCGGAGACCUGUCCUGUAUGCGUAGUGUUCCCUUCACCAACUUAACUGAUGCUGCCAAUGAUGUCUACGAUGACUAUGACUACCAGUUCCAGCCUCGUGUUGAUGGUGACUUUGUUGCCGACACUUACGAGGCCCAGCUGUACCAGAAGCACUUCAACUUCUCCGGUCCCGUCGUCAUCUCCCACGAGCAGCACGAGGCCAAUACCGGAACUGACGAGGGCGAGACGACCAUCUCUUCAGAGAGCGACAUUAUCACCAACCUCCGAAUCUUCUUCCCCUCCAUCACCGACAACGCCAUCCAGGAAGCUCUGAAGCUCUACCCAGCCUCAGACUACACCAGCGCGGCUCUCCGCUUCGCAGACAUGAGACAAUCCUUCGACCUGACAGCCCACGACUUUGCCCUCACCGAAGCCCUCGGCAACAACACCUGGAACGCCAUGGUUGCCCUCGAAAAGGCUACUCACGGCACCGACCAGAGCUACUACUGGUACUCCACCUACACCCUCUCAUCCUCCAGCAGCAGCAGCUCCAGCUCCAGCUCCUCCGGUGCCGGCGUAGCCAUCACCACCAGCUCAUCCGUCGACUCCACAGUUGCCCGCAAGAUGCAAAAAUACUUCCUGUCCUUCGUCCUCACCGGCAACCCCAACACCAAGUGGGCCAAUGACAAGCUCUACUGGCCCAAGUACAUGAACGGUUCUUACGCGGCCACCCAGCUGGUCUUCAACAAUACCAUGUACCUCACCCAGGAUGAUUUGGCCAACGCCAGAAGCUUGUUCUGGAAUAAGGCUUUGUGGUACUGA